AUGGCUCCCUUACCCUCAAAACCUCACCCCCUCACCCAAAUCUCCCUCCCCGAAUCCAAGAUCGCCCGCGACACCAUCUUAGCCGCCCACAAACCAGCCCUCAUCUCCUUCCGCACCAUCGCGCUCGAAGAACCGCUCAAAGCCGAGCUCCAAAAAUUUCUAGAAAUAGAACAUGCCGGCGCUUUAGAUGCUUCGACUCCUUACCCCAAGAGACUCGCACGAGUAACGUAUGAUGUUAUUGGAAGUAGUAAGAUCCCCCAAUAUCACGAGAGUCUCGUGGAUGUGGAAGAGAGCAUCGAGGUGCAUAGAGAGGUGAUUAGUGAAAAUCAUCAUGCGAUGUUGACUUUAGGCGAAUUCGACGAGCUAGUCAAAGCCGUCUGGGCAUCUCCCGUUUUCAAGAAAGAACUCGCGCAGCUGAGUAUCCCCGCAGGAUUCGAAGUUGUUGUCGAGCCGUGGCCGUACGGAGGAAGUAACGCGGAGGAAAAUCCUCGAUACUUCCAAGGAUUGUGUUUUGCCCAAGACACGCGGCAUCAAAACCCGAAUUCAAAUUUCUAUGGGUAUCCGCUUCCUUUGAUUCCAGUCAUGGAUUAUUAUACCAAGGAGAUUGUCAGGGUUGAUAAACUCGCUACGGGGGGUAUCGAAGAUGGGUUUGAAGUGGGCACGCACGACAAGGAGAUUUUGAAACAUUGCAAGCCGGCGGAAUAUGUACCGGAGUUAUUGGAGAAUGGGACGAGAAAGGAUAUGAAACCUAUUAAUGUGGUGCAACCCGAAGGCGCGAGCUUUACGGUGGGAGAAGAUGAUAGUUUGGUGGAGUGGCAGAAGUGGAGAUUCAGAGUGGGAUUUAAUCACAGGGAGGGAGCUACUAUUCAUGAUGUGCAUUAUGAUGGUAGAAGUGUUUUGUAUCGAUUGAGUAUUUCCGAGAUGACUGUUCCAUACGCAGAUGCUCGAUCUCCCUAUUUCCGCAAGCAAGCUUUCGAUUUCGGAGAUGGUGGCGCAGGAAACUGUGCCAACAACCUCGAGCUAGGAUGCGAUUGUCUAGGUGUAAUCAAGUACUUCGACGGCACCAGAACCGAAAGUAACGGCACCGUCUCCACAAGCCCCAACGUCAUCUGUCUCCACGAACAAGAUGCCGGCAUCGGCUGGAAGCACACAAACUGGCGUACCAACCGUGCAGUGGUGACUCGUCACCGCGAACUAGUCGUUCAAUUCAUCAUCACCCUGGCCAAUUACGAAUACAUCUUUGCAUACAAAUUUGAUCUCGCGGGUGGUAUCACUGUCGAGACACGUGCUACGGGUAUCGUUUCCGUUGUCUCAAUUGAUGCCGGUAAGAAGAGUGAAUACGGAAAUGUUGUGGCUCCUGGUGUUUUGGCACAGAAUCAUCAACAUAUUUUCUGUGUGCGUAUUGAUCCUGCUAUCGAUGGACCAGCCAAUUCAGUCUUGAUUGAGGAAUCCCAUGCCGUGGCUGAUAAGAAGAGAAAUCCCUAUGGCAAUUUCUAUGAAGUGGUUUCCAAGCAAGUAGAAAGGGCAUCAUGGUUAGAUGCUAAGCCAAUGAACAACAUGGUUGUGAAGAUGGUCAACCCAGGGAAGCAAAAUCCAAUCAGCGGAAAGAACGUAGGAUAUAAAUUCAUGCCCGCUGCGACACAGAUGUUGCUUGCGCAGGAUGAGAGUAUCCAAGCUCAACGGGCGAGAUUCGCUCAACAUCAUGUAUGGGUUACGAAAUACAAGGAUGGCGAAUUAUUUGCUGGUGGAAAAUACACGCUUCAGAGUCGCAAGGAAAUUGACGGAGUUGGCGAUGCAGUCGCGAGAGGAGACACCUUAGCAAAGGAGGGAGAGGAUGUGGUUGUUUGGAAUUGUUUUGGAUUAACACAUAACCCAAGAGUGGAAGAUUGGCCGGUCAUGCCGGUGGAGAUCCAUGAGUUGAAGAUCAAACCGGCAGAUUUCUUUGAGGCGAACCCAUCGAUCGAUGUUCCUAGCUCGAGAAACAUGUCGUCGAAACUGGUGGGAGAGGGAAGUACGAAGGAAAAGGAAGAAAGUUGUUGUAAAACGAAUGGAUCCAAGUUGUGA